GCGCCCGCCGCAGCCCCGCGCCCAGAGCUCGCGGAUCCCGGCCCGAGCCCGCCUGCGGAAUGCUCGCCCCCCAGGGCGGCUGCCGCUGCUGCCUCUGCUGCCGCUGCUGCCGCCGCCGCCGCUGCUCUUGCUCCUGCUCCAGCCACCGCCUCUGCUCUACUCUGCUCUGACUGGCAGCCAGAAAGUGCAACUGCCGAGGGAAAGGUCUCUGCAGUAGGAGCGGAGUGGCUACCUAGAAGAGAGUAAAGAGAGGGCAGAACCCCAGAUCAGAAUGCAGGCGACGUCCAGCCUACUUAAUCUCCUGCUGCUGUCUCUGCUUGCCGGAUUAGAUCCUUCCAAGACUCAGAUCAGUCCCAAAGAAGGGUGGCAAGUGUACAGUUCAGCACAGGAUCCUGAUGGACGAUGCAUAUGCACAGUGGUUGCUCCAGAACAGAACCUGUGUUCCCGCGAUGCCAAAAGCAGGCAGCUUCGCCAGCUUCUGGAAAAGGUUCAGAACAUGUCCCAGUCUAUCGAAGUCUUAAACCUGAGAACUCAGAGAGAUUUCCAAUAUGUUCUAAAAAUGGAAACCCAAAUGAAAGGGCUGAAGGCCAAGUUUCGGCAGAUUGAAGAUGAUCGGAAGACACUAAUGACCAAGCAUUUUCAAGAGUUGAAAGAGAAGAUGGAUGAACUCCUGCCCUUGAUCCCCGUGCUGGAACAGUACAAAACAGAUGCCAAGUUAAUCACCCAGUUCAAGGAGGAAAUCCGGAAUCUGUCUGCCGUCCUCACCGGGAUUCAAGAGGAAAUUGGUGCCUAUGACUAUGAGGAACUGCAUCAAAGAGUGCUUAGCCUAGAAACCAGACUUCGUGAUUGCAUGAAAAAGCUGACAUGUGGCAAAUUGAUGAAAAUCACAGGCCCAAUUACAGUCAAGACGUCUGGAACCCGAUUUGGUGCCUGGAUGACAGAUCCUUUAGCCUCUGAAAAAAAUAACAGAGUCUGGUACAUGGACAGUUAUACUAACAACAAAAUUGUUCGUGAGUACAAAUCAAUUGCAGACUUUGUCAGUGGGGCUGAAUCAAGGACAUACAACCUCCCUUUCAAAUGGGCAGGAACUAACCAUGUUGUCUACAAUGGCUCACUCUAUUUUAACAAGUAUCAGAGUAACAUCAUCAUCAAAUACAGCUUUGAUAUGGGGAGAGUGCUCGCCCAACGAAGCCUCGAGUAUGCUGGUUUUCACAACGUGUACCCCUAUACAUGGGGUGGAUUCUCUGACAUCGACCUAAUGGCUGAUGAAAUUGGGCUGUGGGCUGUGUAUGCAACUAACCAGAAUGCUGGCAAUAUUGUCAUCAGCCAACUUAACCAAGAUACCUUGGAGGUGAUGAAGAGCUGGAGCACUGGCUAUCCUAAGAGAAGUGCAGGGGAAUCUUUCAUGAUCUGUGGGACACUGUAUGUCACCAAUUCCCACUUAACUGGAGCCAAGGUGUAUUAUUCAUAUUCCACCAAAACCUCCACAUAUGAGUACACGGACAUUCCCUUUCAUAACCAAUACUUUCACAUAUCCAUGCUUGACUACAAUGCAAGAGAUAGAGCUCUUUAUGCCUGGAACAAUGGUCACCAGGUCCUAUUCAAUGUCACCCUUUUCCACAUCAUUAAGACUGAGGAUGACACAUAAGCAAAUGUAAUUUGUUUUCACUGAUCUAAGCAGUGUCAUUUGUGAUAAACUCUAUAGAAUUCCUUCUGUUUUUCCUUUAUUCUAACUUUUCAUCAUUUCUCCAAAGCAUUUUUUUAUUAUAAAGUUGGUUUUUCAAAAAUCAGCUAAGCCUGUCUAAAUUAACCUGUUGGAAACACAUUUUAACUCCUAAAUUUACAGGGCCUAUCAUGUCCUUGUCAUGAAAAGCACUAAAAAGAGCUUAAGUGGCUAAAGUUAUAGUUUUGCAAAAGAUUAAUGAUCUGCCUUAUAUUAGAGUCAGAGACUAAUGAUGGCUUAAAUGCAUGAAUGUCUUUUUUUUUUAAAUUCUGUCAUUUUUUACUGUCUUUUGCUCUACAUCAGGAAAUAUUUUGGUAGGAAUUAGGGAAAAAAAAAGCACUUUCCUCCCAUUUAUUUCUAAAAAAAAGAUUUAAGGGUUUUAUUUAUAUGGAAAAAAUAUAUUACUCAUUUUGCUUUAUAGAAUUCUCUGAUGCGGUGCUGUACAGUCAUUUUUAAAUCUCUUGCUAACAUUUUAUUGGCAAUAUGUAUUUCUACCAUUGUAACCACCAUUGUGCAAUUGUAUCUCUUCACUUCGGUGAAAGUAAGUAAUAUUUUUUAUAAAAUACACUGAAGUUUAAUCUCAGUAAUUAUUAUGGGCCAAUUUUCAAAUGUGGUCAAGAAGGAAAUAUCUUCUUGGCUUGCCCCUUUACUUAAAUUUGUAAACUAGAAGGAAAAUCGAACUAAAUCCCUUAUGUAGAAUAUUUGUUUUACCCCAAGUUUUUUGGAUCACUAACAUCUAAUGCUAAAACUGAGUUUUGUGGAUGAGUUACUCUGUUCAUGUCACUGAAAGCAACCCAUAUUGUUGCUUGCAAAGAUGCAACUGAGUCAGAAAAUUUGGAUUUGAGUUGACUUUACUCACUUAUUAUACAGCCAAAUUUUGCUCUUCAUAAAUAAAUAUAUUAAUGUUUUAACUUAAACUUUACAUACAACUUGCAAUAAUGUAAUUACUUAUGUCAGGACUCUGGAAGUACAUGAAGCACAUAUAGAAACUCUUAAAAAGAAAACUCUGUGAGAUCAUCUAGAUUUACAUUAUGAGCUCUAGAGAGUUACUGGCAACAUUAGUGCAAAAGAAAAUGAUGGGAAAAUGAUGGGAGUUGUCUGUGCAGCUUAAAUGUGCAAAACAUCAAUUCAGAAAAAAAGAUGGGAAGGCAAUCCCUUGUUUCCCUGAUUCAUGUGUGCAGAAAUAAUGUAACCAAGAAAGAAAGCUUUAAUAAGAUUUUAUGUUAAUAACUCCAAAACCAUAAUCAAUAUUUAACAAAUAUAUCCUUGAGUUUGGAUGUACUUUCCAUAUGUUAAAAAUACUUACCUAAGGCAGUUUUACAGAAACUAGUGUGGGUUGGUUUUACAAUUUAAAAAGUAUAUUCUAGAACAAAUAAUGUAAAACUUAAAUUGUGGUCAAUGUUUAUUUUCACACACACAUGAUAACAAUUUCUUUUGUAAAGUAAGGAUACAAUAAUUCAGAUAAAGCAUUGUGUAAAGAAAUGCUCACACUUAGGAGUAGUUCAUUUCAAAUGUCACCAGUCAUAAUUCUCAAAUAUCUCACUGUCAAAGUCAUAGAAUUAAAUAAUUCAAUCUUGAGAUUGUUAAAGUUUAACAGAGAUUUCAUUUGUUUUUGCCUACAAAAAGUUAGCAUGACUUAGUGACCACUCUGGGUCCUUUUGCAAUGUUGUCUUCUCUUUUAAAAUGUUUAUAUAAGUUCUCCUCUGCCUUUGAAAGUUAGAAAAUUUAGGGGACUCACUUGUCAUUGUCCACACACCACAAAAAAUAAUCAGCCAAUACUUUGUAUAUCAAGAGUUUGUAUGAAGAAAGAAAGUCAAUUUCAAAAAUGAAUGAAUUUUUAAGUAGAUGGCCUCUGAUGGAUAUCUGGGUCUUCAUUACUUGUUUUUUAAAAAAAUGAUGUAAUAUAGUAUCACAUACAUUCAAAACCUGGAUGAUCACAGCUUUUUUGUGAGAUGUGCAGCUUGUAAAGCACUUUAUUGUUUUCUAUGUAAUGUUUCAUCACCAUAUCCAAUUUAUAGUGUAUGUGCUGCUAGGGCAAGCACAGAUUUUAUUAUUGUCAUAGAAGUGGGGAUAACAUGAGUUAAAAAAUGUGAUUUGCAUUAAACACGUACAGUUUAAAAGCAUUUUUCUUAAUAAAUUAUUAUCAGUUUUGUGCCUGAAAUAGAACUUACUCUAAUCACUGUUUUUUUUUAAUUUCAAAUAAAUUUUAUGAGGGAAAUAAUUUAAUAUUUUAAAAUCAUUUACAUAAUCCAGUCAGUAAAGAAAUCCAAGCACAGAAAGUCUUAACCCUAAAUGAACUGUGCAACUGGUAUUUUCUGAUUUAACCAGAUCAUUAACAAACUUCCACGUCAUUCAAAUAAUAACAUGAUUAUGGUCUGACUGUGUCUAACAUUUAUUUAUAUUUGUGGCACUUGAAUCACAAUACUUAUUAUCUACUCUCAUAUCUAUUAGUUCAUUAAAUGAUACUGUUUUGGUGAAUUCCCAAUAUGUAGGAUAAAAGGGAAAAUAAUGAUAUGCCUAAAUGUAACAUUAUAAGUAAUUAGGUAAGAUUUACCAUAAAUGCAGAAUCUCUGGUUUUUAUCACUAUACUCAGUCAUUUCAUCUUUGCAAUCUGUAGUACUCCUGAUGAAAAUCUGUCUUUAGAAACAAUUUAUUCCUCAUAAGAAAAUGGUCUUUCUUUCUGAAAAUCACUACCAAACUUACAAGUAUAAAUUUUUCACACGGAAAAAAAAUUAUUUUUUAAAUAUAACUAUACAAAACUGUUCUUAUGUUCUCCUAAAAAGAAAAGUUAUCUUCCUACUAAGGUAAGUUUUACAUAUAAUAAUCCUCUAGCUUUAUUUUCCUUAAAGAGUAAAUUAAAAAAAAAAAAAAAAGAAAGAAAGAAAGAAAAAGAAAAAAGAAAACACUUACUGGUCUCCUUAGCACUCAGGAUUACCAAAUCAUUUCUGCAAAUGGGUAAAUUUGAAUGCAUCUGUUAGCAAAAUUAAAAGUAUCCCUUCAAGUUAGAGCAAAUAUGAAAAAAUAGACAUUGCAGAGCUUCUAAAAGCUAAGCCUUCUAGAAAUAUAUCAGACACAUUUGAAAACAAUUUAAAAAUGGCAUCUUGCAGACUUGACAGGGAAAGUAUGAUUAUAUCUUUUUUUUUUUAAGAUUUAUUUAUUUAUUCAUGAGAGACAGAGAGAGAGAAAGAGGCAGAGACACAGGCAGAGGGAGAAGCAGGCUCCAUGCAGGGAGCCCGAUAAGGGAUUCGAUCUCAGAUCCCAGGAUCACACCCUGAGCAGAAGGCAGAUGCUCAACCGCUGAACCACCCAGGCAUCUCCUAUUAUAUCCUUUAUGUACACCUUGAGUUCCUAUGGCAUUAGAAAAGAAUGGGCAUUAACAGAUAAAUCUUACUUUGCCUUCUCCAACAUCACAUGAUAAGUGGACCACAAGAAGAACUACUAUAAAGUGGUCUACCUAACACUAUAGACAGGGGGCAUCAAAUUAAAAUUUAGCAGUUAUAGGAUGACACAAAGCCUUAAUCUCUGACUGCUUAUAGCUAGAAAUACUCAUUUCUAGAAGCUUCACAGGUACUAAAUAUCACUCAGUUCACUAGGUUGUAUCCAUACUAAAAUCAAGAUCAUGGGAUGGUUUCUGGUUCUAAGAUUAAGUAAGCUUAGCAUAAAUAAAUCUCUUAGCUAAUAAUUUUUCAUAAUCAGUGACUUAUGAGAGAGGAUCUGGGACUUUAAAAAAGAUAUUGUUUUGAAUUUAACUUACACUGGAAAAAUACAAUGAAAACAUUAGCUUAUAAAAGAAAAACCAACUUCACCAAAAUCUUUUAGCUAUUUUUCUAUGGAAUAAUGAAUUCAACUGAUGACAAUCUCUUUAAUAGAAAACUGCUCUACUCUUUAACCAAUCAGAAAGAAAGCCUCCUAAAUUGACUUUACCAAGCUGAUUUAUCUGAUUCACAUCUUAAAAUUAUGUUCUACAGUUUAUCCCUUUUGGUUGAACUAUUCCAUUAGGCUUAGAGGAAUUUUAAUCCUAUUUGGAGUCAGCUGUGUCUACAAAAUGUCAAACUGGUUGGCAGAAAACUCAUCCCCUUUGAAGCUCAGUUGAUUGCCAAAUAAGUUUUACAAGUAUAAAUUAUUUUUAAACACAUCUUGAAAAUGAUAUAAGGACAUAAAACUGUAUCUUGCCAAGAGUACAUAGUACCUUUCAUAACUACAACCCUCUUGAAACAUUAUUUCUAAUUAGAGAUGUGAAGCAAUGUGGUAAACAUGGAGAAGGUCUCACAAAUAACUUAGUGCUGCAAGAAGUUUGCUGAUACCAUACACAUAACCGCAGUUUGGUACCAAGCUGCAUCCCUACCAAUGCUAUAGUCUGCCUAGAAGAGCUUGUACCCAUAUUCUUAAAAAAAGAGAGAGAGAGAGAGAGAAUUAACUAAAAUAAGGCCAUUAUAUAUCAUUCCCUACCACAAUCAGACCUGGAAAUACUGCAUCAUCAGCUGACAUUUUCAGAAAACAAAUAUUAUAUGACAAAGGUCUUAAAAGACCUCAAGAAAUUAGCUGACUAAAAGAAGCAUUAGCCAUUUUAAAUUUGAGCAUGUUACAAAAAUUUAUCAUACUGAACUUGGUGAUACAUAUCCAGCUAAGCUCUUUGUCUAUAUCAUUAACUUCAUGAAUUCAUAUAUGCUACCAAUAUGUAAUUUAUGGGCUUUCCAACUAGACAAUACUACGUUAUUUAUUCAUUUAUUUGAAAAAUAAUCCCUGAGCAAAACUAUGUGGUAGACAAUUUCUAGAUGCUAAGGAUACAGCUGUCCAUGGAUAAAGUCUUCAUGUGCUUACAUUUUAGUAAGAACAGGCUGCAACAAAAAUAUUAAUGAAAAAUAAGUUCCGAUUGUACUAAUUGUUGUGAAGGAAAUAAAUACUUUAAGUCAUAACAAGUGAGUGAAUGUUUGCUAGGGGCAGGGUUGGGGUAGAAAGUGACGUGUGGAGGGAACACUAAAGGGAGAUCUCUCUUAGAAGCAGCCUGCCAUGGUAAAUUCAGUCAAAGAAUGGAAUGUCACCAAUCCAAUUUACAUACAAAAUUUAACAUCUUCCAUUAUGUUCCUGGAAAUCCAUGGUCAAAGAUUUCUUAAUAAUUCUCUAUUGCAGAAAUUAUUUUUUUGACUUGGAGUUUAAGGAUAUACUUCUGGGCACAGCCAAACCCUGGAAAUAUGUGCUAAACUUAGUGUAUAUAUGUGGUUACUCUUUCUUUCAUGUAGAAGAUUUACAGCUUUCAUCACAUUCCCAAAAACCAUGACUCAAAAGAUCAUCACUAUGUCAAUGCAAUCUAAUUUAAUCCCAAAUUUACUACACAUCUUUAUGAUAAGCACUGAAUGUCUGUCAUCAUACUUGUAACCCAAGAAUUUCAGCUUGCUUCAGAGAGGAAAAAAUAUCAACACCCAAAUAUCAUUGAUAAUUUUUUUUUUACCUCAGAAGAAAAGAUUAAGUUGUUCUCUAUAAAAACUUUAAAGGAAUUGAAUAUUUUGUCCAAAGCUAAUUAUUUUUCUGUGAUCCAGUCUUUCGGGCACCUUCUUGCCAGAUUCAGUGACUCAGAGUCUCUAUAAGGCUCUUAUAACUAUUUGAAUUUGGAGAACAUUUUCUUAUAAUUCUAACACGGCCUUUUGGCAGCCCCAUUAGAAUCCGACAGAAAUUGAGCAGAUGUGGUGUGCUUCAUCAGAUUCAACUACAAACUCCUCUUCUGAAAUUAGCAACUGUGACAACACAGAAACAAUGACAAAGAAAGGUUUAUAACAUUGCCUUGGUUUAGAAGUUAUUGUAAUUGAUGUGCAUGCAGCCUACAGCUCCAGAUAUAGAAAGAUUUUUUAGUAAAGACAAAACAAAAAUCUCCAGUCAUGUUUAUACAGGUAUAAAGUCAUGCCGUGUAAAGCCCUGAAGCUGCUUCUGUCAGUGAUGUUUUCUUCCUCCCCCACUCAAAGAACUUGAGAAGACAUUCAUUAGCUUCUACUUUAAUGUGAACCAAAAAUAAUAAAAGGAGUAUUUUUA